GCGGCCAAGCUGGGUGCCCCGGGGAGUCUGGCCGCCAUGCCACCUCCUCUCCUUCUCUUCUUCCUCCUCUUCCUUACCCCCGAGGGAGUCAGGCCCCAGAAAACACUGCUGGUGAUGGCUAAAGAGGGAGGCAAAGCUGAGCUACCAUGUCUCAACCGUCCCUCAGAUGGUCCCCCUGAGCGGCAGGCCUGGUUUCAGGGGUCUCAGUCAGAUCUGGGCCACGGGCCCCAAGACGUGGUCAUCCAGAAGGGGUCCCUGGGCGUCCAGCUGCUUGUCUUCAACGUCUCCGACCAGAUGGGGGGCUUCUACCUGUGCCAGCUGGGGCCCCCUUCCAAGCAGGCCUGGCAGUCUGGCUGGACAGUCAGCGUGGCAGGCAGUGGGGAGGUGUUCCGGUGGAAUGCUUCGGCCCUAAAUGACUCAGGCUGCAGCCUGGGGAACAGGUCCUCAGAGGGCCCCAAGCCACCUUCUGGCUAUCCCACAAGCUCCCAGCUGUACGUGUGGGCCCAAGACCACCCUGAGACCUGGAAGACCGACCCUGAAUGUGCCCUGCCCAGGGACAGUCUGAAUCAGAGCCUCAAGCAAGCCUUGGCUCUCCCUGCCCCAGACCUCACCGUGGCCCCUGGCUCCACAUUCUGGCUGCCCUGUGAGGUGCCCCCUGCCUCCGUGGCCAGAGGCCCCAUCUCCUGGACCCACGUGCACCCCAAGAAGCAUAACAUCUCCUUGCUGAGCUUAAACCUGAGGGAGGACGCCCCAGGCAGAGAGAUGUGGGUCCUGGGCACCCUCAGGGGAGGGGCUGUUCUGUUGCUGCCCCAGGCCACUGUUCGAGAUGCUGGCAUCUAUCGUUGUUACCACGGCAACAUGACCAUGGAGAUGGAGCUGAAGGUCACUGCCCAUUCAGCAAUACGGUACUGGCUGCUGGAGACUGGUGGCUGGAAGGUCCCUGUUGUGCCAUUACUUUACCUGAUCUUCUGCCUGGGUUCCCUGGUGAGCUUUCUUCGACUUCGAAGAGCCCUAAUACUCAGGAGGAAAAGAAAGCGAAUGACCGAUCCCACCAGAAGGUUCUUCAAAGUGACGCCUCCCCCGGGAAGCGGGGCCCACAAUCAGUACGGGAACGUGCUCUCGCUUCCCACGCCCACCUCUGGCACAGGACGUGCCCUGAGGUGGGCUGCAGGCCUGGGAGCCGCCGUCCAGUCUUACGCAAGCCCGCGCAGCGACGUCCCGGAAGUUGGAGCAGCGGGGUCCCGGAGCCCACCGCCGGCAGGCCCAGAAGAAGAGGAAGGGGAGGCCUACGAGGAGCCAGACAGUGAGGAGGGCUCCGAGUUCUACGAGAAUGACUCCAACCGCGGGCAGGACCGACUCUCCCAGGAUGGCAGCGGCUAUGAGAACCCUGAGGAGGGAGCCUUGGGUCCUGAGGAUGAAGACUCCUUCUCCAGCGCAGCCGAGUCUUACGAGAACGAGGAUGAAGAGCUGGCCCAGCCAGUCACCAGGACGGCAGAUUUCCUGAGCCCCCAUGGGUCAGCCUGGGACCCCAGCAGGGAAGCAACCUCUCUUGGCUCCCAGUCCUAUGAGGAUAUGAGAGGAAUCCUGUAUUCAGCCCCCCAAGUCCGUUCCAUUCGGGCCCAGCCUGGUCCCAAUCAUGAGGAAGAUGCAGACUCCUAUGAGAACAUGGACAUGGAUAAUCCCAGUGGGCCAGAACCAGCCUGGAGAGGAGGAGGUCAUAUGGGCACCUGGAGCACUAGAUGAGUCCCUCCAGCCUGGGCCUCCUUAGGCCCUGGAGAUCCAUAUCUGAUUUUGAAAUCUGGGACCCUGAGCAAGUCAUCUGCUGGAGCAGCGAUGCCUCAGAUGUGUGUAUCUGUGUGUGUGUGUGUGUGUGUGUGUGUGUGUGUGUGUAUGUACCAGUGAAACUUUGGCUCCCCUUGCACUCCCCCAAUAAACUCAAUGACUUCUUCCGA